AAAAAAAGAAAAGAAAAAAAGACGAUUUAGGCUGGGGAAAGGAAAACGCUUCUCUUUACUUAAAGAGAUAUCCCCGAGAAGAAUCGAAAGUCCCUGAAAAGUGCCUAAAACUUCCCCUCUCCGGGAGGCUCCCCGCCAAAGCUUGAAAGAUCAUUAGAUGACAACUUCUUACUGGUUACUGGAACCCCUUAGGUCCAGUUCCACCUCAGUUUUGCGAGUUCUGGAACCCUGGACCCGCCAGCUGCCUCUCUGGGAUUUCAAGUGGACUUCUAUAAGGGAAUGCCAGAAGGGCCAUCUCUGAGGAAGUUCCACCAGUUGGUGGCUCCAUUUGUAGGGCAAUUGGUGGUCAAGGUAGGGGGCAAUAGUAAGAAGAUGGACCCCAACAUGCUAGAAAUGCUUCGGCUUCAGGACUCACAGGUCCAUGGAAAGAAUUUAUAUCUUAACUUUGGCCUAGGUAAAGACCUGGAACCUCCUAACAGUUUGCAGUUGCCAAAGCAUCUUCAAAAGGAAGUGAACCUGCCAAAGAAGACAAAUAAUCAUAAAUUUGAAUCUACCUCAAGGCUAGGUGGACAAGAAGUUCCUAGUUCAUCUUCAGACAUUAAAGCAUCUGAGCUUGGGGAAAAAGAAAAGGAUUCUGUUAAUGAACCUUGGUGGCUGAAUACUCCCAUAAAUUCUGAGCCUUGGCUUUGCUUCCAUUUUGGUUUGUUUGGUAGUGUUCGGGCAAAUGAAUUAUCCAGAGCUACAAAAGCCAACAAGAGAGGAGACUGGAAGGAUCCCUCACCCAGGUUGGUUCUACACUUUGAAAAAGGCUUCCUGGCAUUUUACAAUUGUCAGAUGUACUGGUGCUUGGGACCAGUGGUCAAACCAACUUCAGAUAUCCUAUCUGAGCAGUUUGAUCGAAGACAAGCCUUGGAAGCUUUGAAACAGGCUAACCCUGUCUGUUAUACUCUUCUGGAUCAAAGAUACUUUUCAGGCCUGGGAAACAUCAUUAAGAAUGAAGUUUUGUACUUGGCUAGAAUCCAUCCCCUCUCUUUGGGUUCUUGCUUAACUUCUUUGAACCUUGAGUCUUUGCUGGACCAUGUUGUGAGUUUCAGUGUUGGUUGGCUGCAGAAAAAAUUGGAGGGGAAACCACAACACUAUCUGAUCUACCAGAAAGAGCAGUGCCCUGCUGGACACCAGAUCAUGAAGGAUAGCUUUGGGCCUCCAAAUGGUUUUCAGAGACUCACCUGGUGGUGCCCCAAUUGCCAACUCAAGGUGGUAUCAGAAGAGCCUAAUGAAGUUCAGAUUACUCAGGAGUAGCUUCCAUAAUAUAAUACUUUGUAAAAAGAUAUUCCCUUUGCCUUUUCCUUUGGUGUUGGUUGAUCUAUAUGUUACAUUGGGUGGGGUUUGUAGAGAAGGGAACAGAAGAAAGUUCAGAAGAAGAUAGAGACAAUAAAAAGACAGUUUUGAAAGUAAAAAUGGAAUUAUUACACUUUUAAAGAAAGCAAGUGGUCUUCAAUGUCCAUUUAUAUUUUCACACAAUUUUUUUUUGUAUUCUCUACAUGAAAAAAUAUAUAUAUAUUUAGUAUUUCAGAAUAAAAAGAUAAAUGGGAUAGGGUUUAUUCAAGAAGUUUCUAAGGCAUUUGGGUCCCCUUUUCUUGAGAAUUUUCCUUUUUUGAAAUGUCAAUGGUUAAUAAAGGGUGCAGACUAUUGGCUCCAAAACAACAAUGCUUUUUGUAUGUAAAAGUUUUAUGUUAAGAAAAAUGCCUUACUAGUUUUUCAUAUUUCAGUUUCACUCUUAAAAAAAGAAAGGAAUAUCUUUUGACAAUAGCUAAAGAGAAAAAUCUCCUGGGGUCAAAGUUCUGCUACAGACAUUUGCAAAAUCAUCUGUGAAUCUAACAGAUGCAUUUGUUGAAGUAUUUUCUUUUUGAUCAUUCUAGGUAUAAUAGAGGUAGAAACACCAAGCUGUAGGUUAGAGGAGCUCUGGGUUUCGAGGAUGAAGGUAGCAUACCAUAGUUAGAGAGCUCUUAUUUCUUUGAGAUUUUUUUUUUCCUGAAGUUAUUUAAAUAUUAAAAUGUUAAUCACUUUGAGAGGGAUCUUCAUAAAAAUUAUCUCAUACUGAUACUGAAGCACAAAAAUAAAACUACCCUUUGCUAACUGACUAUUUUGUUUUUUUUCCAAUAAAACUUGAAGGCAGUGUUGUGUGUAACUUGAAUUCCAAAGUGACUUGUGUUCUAACCUUAUUUUAACCUUGAAUCCCUUAUUUCUUUUCCCUCAUUUAAAAA